UCCCGGGCCGGCCCCAGCCGCGGGCAGGCAGGUCCUCUGCCCAGCGGAAAGUUUUCUGCGUCGCGAGGAAGUUGGGCUUCGAGGAAGCAGCUCCCCAGGCCGCGGGAGGGGCGGGGGUCCGGGCGGCCAUGGAAGAGCCCCCUUUGCGAGACGGAGAAGAGGAAGACGAGGAGGAGGGGGACGAGGCUGGGCCCGAGGGCGCCCUGGGCAAGAGCCCCUUCCAGCUGACCGCCGAGGACGUGUACGACAUCUCCUACGUGGUGGGCCGCGAGCUGAUGGCCCUGGGCAGCGACCCCCGGGUGACACAGCUGCAGUUCAAAAUCGUCCGCGUCCUGGAGAUGCUGGAGACGCUGGUGAACGAGGGCAGCCUCGCGGCGGAGGAGCUGCGGAUGGAGCGCGACAACCUCCGCCGCGAGGUGGACGCGCUGCGCGGCGGGCGCGGGACGGCCAGCCCGGAGUUACAAAGACUCUUCGCUUUCAGAGCCUCACAGGGGUCUGCGAUAAAACGACCCAUUUAUUUGUCCCUCUUUUUGUCCAGUGGCCUGAUUCCACCAAGAGAAGGCCCAGGAGGAAGAGAAAAGGAUGUUCUUGUUGCCAGGACGAGCAGUGCCGGCAGUAACAAGGAGGAGAGGACGAUCAUAAGGAAACUGUUCUCUUUCCGGUCUGGGAAGCAGACGUAGACCCAAGGCGGUGGUUCUCAGACUCGAGAAGACCACCCACCAAGACGACUGCAUCUCGGUGCCACGAGGACACACUGCACUUGCUCGUUCGUUUCCCCUCGGAGCCAUCCAAGGAGGAAGGCGGCGAGGUUCUCUCACGAUCGCUUUGUCCCCAGCUGCGGAACUGGACAUCCGGAAGGCCUGGCCUCGGCAGGGGAAGUGGGACCGAGAAAUCCAAAAAGCAGAAGGAAAGUGAAGCAGAGCCACCUCCUGCUUACGUCAGCCACCUGCGGGGCCUCCGGGUUUCUGAUCCUCUGGUCCCACGAUGACCUUGGGGAGAAGAGAAUGCCGGAAAGGAUGGUAUUGACGUUCCAGCGAUGAUUUCACUGAUAUUUAGUGAAUCUCUGAUUUUGCUAACAUGACUUUCUUUACAUGAUUUCUGUAGUAAAGUAAAAUGACUUUGAUACUUGAA